AUGGAAAAGAAAAAAGAUCCUUUUUUCCUGUCAAAGAAACCAGAAAUGAAUCAAAAUAAGAAUUUCAAUGAGAAACGUCAGCAUCAAUUUGAUAAGAACCGUGAAGUAGUGAAACAGGAUGCUACAGAUAAGAAGCCAUUUGAUAAGAAAACAUAUCGAUUGAAAAAAUAUAGCAAGAAGUAUAAAUUGGAACAAUGGGAAGAACAACGUAAAAAGAAAUUACUACGGAACUAUUACAAAGAGGUAGUAAAUGAUCCUGCAGCUGGGUUGUACAAGCCUAAAACUUUCGAUGAAGACACAACUGAUUCCAAUGAGGUUGGCAGAUUUGUAAGACAUCCUGAACUAAUUGAAAAAGAAAAUAAAACAUUACAGAUAAAAAAGGAUCCUUAUCAUAAAGCAAAAGAACGGUUUGAUAAGAUAAAACAAGAGAAGUUACAGAAGCAACAAGAAAUUGAGAAGGCUAAGGAGGAGAAACAGAAGAAAUUGUUCGAAUAUAAGAAAAAGAAGCAAGAAAAGUUUAAAAAGCUAAGCAAGAAAACGAGAAAAGGUCAACCAGUAAUGACUGGAAGGCUGGAAUUGCUUUUGGAAAAGCUACAGGGGCAGUCUAAUUGA